UACCUUUUAUUACUAUUUUGUGUAUAACACAAUACAAAAGACCUAAAUGUACUACUUUUAAAGUCUGAAUGUUACUUUGAGUGUCACCUGUUAUAAUUACUUUUUUUUUAAAAGGAAGAUAGAAAGAAAUGCAUUUGUCUCAUUUUCUUCUUGAAAGACCAAAUACCGUGUCGAAGGACGUAUUAUAUUUAUGUCCUUGAAUGCCGUUUGUCUAAUGUGAAACUAACUUCAAUACCUGGGCGGUGUCAGGAUGACGUCAGGAACUUAAGCGGUCAUCCAUUACGAUAGAGGACGCUGUCGCUUGUAUUUGUCACCGUCUAUUCCGUCAAAAUACUCUCCGUUUUAAAUGAUUGUCAUGGCAACAAAGGACGCAGCGCCCCUGCUGUCUUUUCCAGUUGUUACAACCAAACUAUUAAUGGAUACGUGGUUUAAUCAGAGCAGCGUCACGUUUAAAAUGCUGAGAAAGACAAACGAGAGCAGCCCUAAUCCCUCCAUGACCUUUCCACAUAGGAUCGUCUGUGGAAUUUGUGGAAGCACUGCAGCGGAAAAAUCCAAAGAGCUGUAAUCUUUUUGGUGUGAAUGUGGUUUUCUUGAUGGAGCAGAAGUCCACCUCUGAUGUACUUCACCUGGACCUGAACAACUUUAACAAGCCCGAAGCAGAAGAGAGUCGGUACGUUUUAACCAGUCCACGUUCGCUGGAAUCCUGUGCACGUCUUGACAUCAAACCUGUUGAUCUCCUGAUCAAAUCUCUGAACCAGCUGGUUACUGAACAGCAGCAUGUGCCCUCGGAGGUAGUAAGAGUAAUGCACGAAUCCUAUGAAAAAGAAAGAAUGAAGCUUCUACAAAUGUGUCGAGUGGAGAGGGAGAGGAUUAGCCAGACCGACAGCUGUCCAGGAUCUGGCCUGGACAAAGUGCCUAUCUCUAAACUGAAGGAUCACUCAGGGCAGAGGCACUCUAUGCCAUAUGCAGAGCUUUGCUCUAAAGGGAAGUCUAUGAGCAGGACUUCAUGUUCUACUGCUGGUGACAAAGACUUAGACAGGAGCACAGUCUGCAGCUUCAGACUUGGUGAUCUCAGACAAUUCCCUGCUACAGAGAGGAAACUACAGAGGCUCACCGCUGACAUUGAAAGGAAGAUGUGUGUCACAGUGGCAGAAAGAGACCGCAAGAUAGCAGCUCUCAUGUUGAUAAAACAUGAGGAGGAACAAGCUCACCUGAUGCUUCGUCAGCAGCAAGACCAUAAAAGGGAGGAGGCUCGAAAACAGAGUGAGAUUCUGCAGGCUCAGAAAGAGAAAACAAGGAGGAAGAACCUGAAACAGAGUUUGCGGUGCUGGCAAGAGAAGCUGGAGGUACUCAGGAGGUUAAGGGAGCAACGGGAAAAAGAGAAAGUUGAACAACUGGAGCAGGAAGUAAAGCUGAAAGAAAAUCACUGGAGGAGGUUGAAAGAAGAGGUGGAGGAAACGUGUAGAAAAAAGAUGGAGGCCUCACGGAAAGAGGCAGGGAGCCGCAAAUGCUACCAGGAGAAGCUGCUCAAGGAGAAGGAGGAGGCAGAACAAAGGGAGCAGGAAAAGGAGAGACGGAUAUUAAUGAGAAGGGAAGAAAAGGCCAGAAGAAACAGGGAACUCCAGGCAAAGGAAGAGAGGAAGAAGAUCCAGGAGGUGAACCAGAGGGAGCUGCUACGGCACAUGCUGCUAAGACAGCAGAAAGAGCAGCAGGUGGAGGAAGAGGAAACACUGAUGAGGAGCAGCCUUGAAAAGAAGAUGCAGUACAUCAGUGUAAAACACGCCCAGGCUGUGAAGGCACGGCUGAAGGAGCAGCACGAGAGGACGGCAAAGGAGGAGCAGCAGGUUCAGAGAGCAAAGCUGAGGUCCAAAUUACAGAGAGACCAGGAGCUCACGCACAAGCAGAUUCUCCUACAUCUGAGCCAGCGCCGCCUGGAAAGAGCUGCACUGCUAGCUUCCAACCAGAGGAGGAGCAGAGCUCGGCAGCUAGAUGAGCGAAACAAACACAGGCAGCUCUGCCACCAGAGGCUUAAAGAGAGGUUGCAAAGCGAAGAGGAGGCAGUGAGGAAGGACAGAGAAAGAAACCUCUCCGCGAAAGACCUGAGGCGGGAGAAGCUGAGGAGGCAGCAGGAACAGAUACUGCAGGAGGCACAGACGCUGACCCGUGCCUCCUUUUUCCUGAGGGACCGGGUGAGGCAGCAGAUUCAGAGUAGAAGUUUCUGUCACAUGGUUGCUCAGGCUCAAUUGACUGACUGCAUGAGUCACAUGAAACUGUGAAAGAAAGGAACUGUGCUGGUUCUGCCUUCAAGACAGAAACAUCAAUGUAAAAGUGCAGUGAAAUAAAUGAAUGAUUUGUUUUCACUUUCUUUGAAAAACUUCCUGGGGGGUUGGUGAUGGCAGGUUAAAUCCACCAGUCCAAGGCUGAAUAAAACUGAAUAUUGUACUGUUUUCGUACAGCAA